UUGGGCUAUGAAUAGCAUAACUGAAAAUCGUAAAUUGUAAAAUCAUAUCCAAGCAUCGUACAACGAUUAAUACUUGAAGAUGUCAUACUUUAAGUCAGUUUUCAAAACCGGUUGUUUGCUGAAAGUUCUCUCAUCUAAACGCUUGCUAGUGGAACAUUUGGAAAUGCUUGAACUGUGUGUUAACAGCGACCUGCGUGUGAAUUUUCUAUACAAUUGUUUACAAAGUCGUUUAGCUUAUACAGUUGUUAGUUGCGGGUGUCUUGUUUCAGCUCUUUUAACCUACUAUUCCAGGGGUAACCGUUACGCACUUGCUUUGACCGCUUCAGCGUUUGCAACCUGUCUGCACACAAAGUGGAUCUACUCUCUAAAGAUGAACAAGAUUGACGAAUUAAUUAAAGUCGUCGAAAAAUUCGAGGAUGUCAUGAGACGAAACAUUAUCUUCAUAGCUGAAUUAAACCAAUGCGAUCAAAAUCGAAGCUCAUAUUGGCGACGUACGAUGAAUGAGAAUGAAGUUUUUGCGAAUUGCUUGCAGAGCUGUAAGAUUGUAAUCGUCGAGCUGCACGGAUAUGUACAAUCUAUAGAAAAUAAAACUAAAUUGUACGAAAAAUUCAUACAGUGGUAUGAACCGUUAGAAUCGCUGGAGAAUUUGGGACUUUUGAGAGAAGGCUUAUCAACACACUAUCAGCUAAAGACGUUUUACACAAUUUUCUUAUACGUUCAAUCAGCUUGCUUGCUACGGUUGGCUCUUGCCUGUGCUAGUGACGCAGAUUUCAGCCACAUUGAGGUCGAGCGGAAACAACUAAUUUGUGCAAUAGAUCGAGCAACAACCAAGAGCAAGAAAUAUUUAUUGCUCACUAAUGGCUCAGAAAUGAACCAAAAAAUUUGCUACAAUAAUGAUCUAGUCCCAGUAGAACUUUUGUCAAUAAACCAACAAUCGAUGAUGCUAUCGACCAAAUUAACAAUUGCUGCCAAACAGAUAGCUGAAGUGGAUGGUGAGCUAAGCGAGAUCGCCUCUACGUUUUCCGGUGAUUGCAAACGGUUACGAAUAGCUGAACAACAUGUCACAGAUAUUGGAGCUGGUUUGCUAGUCCGCUACGACGAAAUUCAACGAUUGAUUAUAAGCUUAAGGAAAGUGCUGAAACGGGUUGUAAAGAUAGAAAAUUGUUGCUCAACACAGUCUUCGGAUGAAAGUGACCAAUUAACAAACGAUGAAACGCAAUGUUCCGGUCGGGAGGAGGCAAAUAUCGUUGAGCAAGUAGGGGACGAGUUUUUCAUUUGUCACCAUAACGAAGCCGGAAAGGAAACACCGGUUGAGUUAGGCCCCAUGGCCCUCUAUGAAGAGGAAUGGAUCGAUAGGAAAUUAAUAAAACACCAGUUUGGACCGGUGCUGAAUCAGUUGCGGGAAAAGUUACAACCGAUUGAACAAUCGUUUAAAUUACGUGAGCAGCAAGCCUUGCAGUUGAAAGGCCUUAAGGCUCUACCAGAAGAGUCUGGAAGUUCAGGAUUAUUUAAAAGGGGCUAUAGGUUAGAGUAUGACGAGAGUACGGAAUCGUCGGACGAUGAAGUCCCGCAACGGCGUGCGAAACGUUACCAAGAAUAUUAUGAAAAGGAUCGGGAGUUUCUAGCGAGCAAACCACAAAUCAAUCUAAUUUUAAACCAUCCGAUCAAUAUGCAGCACGAGGAAAAAAUACUGGAGUGAAUAUAAACGUGAAUUCUUUAAAAAGUUCCUCAAUGUUUGGCUUUGAUUUAUGUAUUUUGUAUUUUGAUUUGUAAAUAGAACUCAUUGUUUAUUAUUAUUAUGUGUACAUUGUACCUAGGAGAGCCUUAUCACAUCCAUUCGAAGUUUUGCAUUGAAGCUGUCAGCAACUCAGAUGAACGAUGAACCAGUAACGAAUUGUUUAGAUUUCAAUUUAAGCUAUCCACCACACCACUGGAACUCAUAGACCAUAGAUGUGGGCGAGUUUUCUGCAGCUCGUAGAUUGACCUGACCCCAAAUAAUUAACUAAUUUAAUUAAGGGAAACAACAAAAGGCACAGAUGUUAGCGACUAAUGUGUUGACUAAAUCAUAUGUUUAUUUAAAUAUGUUUCUCAUACAUGUACAAUUAAAUUUGUUGAAAGGGAUGGUAAUUCAAAAGUGCGGCACGUUGCUUGGAACGUGUGACCGUCCGAAUCUUCUAUCCCUUCUGUAUUACAUGAUUUUUUACCACACUUUAAUUUGCCUUUUAGCCCAGUUCACGUGACAGUAUUUCAACGCAUCGCAAUAUUA